UACAAAAUUUUAUACCUACAAAAAUAAUAGCUUGCCCUUUACGAUGGCAAGGAUGACACGAUGGCUUGGCAUCACAACUUUUUUUCAUUACAAAUACCACUAUUGUGAAUGCACAUUUUCCCAUUGUAAGCAGAUGUACAGGAAUACAAUAAUAUCGAAUCAUCUGUUAUAGUAAACAAACUGUUGGGAAAAUUGCCAAAAUGUUAACUUCUAUGGUUAAAGAAUAUCAAGUUAAACAAGUCAAGCGAAAACAGGAGCAAGAAAUACGACGCAAAGACGUUAUUGAAUCAUCAAAUGAGUUAACACAGGCCAUUGUCGACCACUUAAAUGUUGGUGUGGCACAAGCAUACUUAAAUCAAAAACGCUUGGAUGCCGAGGCGAAGCAGCUGCACGUUGGCGCUACCAACUUUGCCAAACAAACACAGCAGUGGCUACAAUUGAUCGAUAAUUUCAGUAGUGCAUUGAAGGAGCUGGGCGAUGUGGAGAAUUGGGCGCGUAGCAUAGAAAGUGACAUGCAAAUUAUACAAAGUACACUGGAGAUAGCGUAUAAGACCUCCAGGCAAACACAACAACAUAAUGCCAACAAGUAACUGCGUUUUUUAUUUUCAAAAAUAUAUAUGUAAAGCUGUGAAAACAACUAUUAGUUGCAGAUAGAAGUUAUAAUUGAAGCAAAUUUGAUAUUUAAUUGCUUUAAGGAACUAGAAAACGCCGCUAAGGCUCUAAGAGUUUUACAUUUCAAAAUAUUUUCAAUUAAUUUUUCUAGAGCUGUUUUUCCCGUAUAUAAUUCAUGCAUACAUGUAUAAAUUGAAAAUCAUUUGCUUUCGAUUUUUUCUUCAUCUUUUAUUCCAUUUUUAUUAGUAAAUAUUAAAACUAAUUAAAAUUACAAGUAAACAAAAGUUGUAGUCUCGCUUUUUUUUAUAAUAUAUAAAAAUAGUAGCGAAACUUCUACCCCACAGUUAUUCGAUAAUGUCUAGUGGACAUACAUACAUACAUUUAAAUAGUUACAUAUGCAAAUUCUUUAAUGCAGAGGUUGCUACAGCACAUUUAACUGGUGUUUUUGUUUAUAUUUUAUAAUUGGGAAAUUGCGAUACACUACACUCUACUGCUAAACAUUAAAGUGACUGAUUGAAAUGUUUGGUAGUCAACUAAUAAAAUGUGUUGUUAAUAACAAUUAUAAGUAAGCAAAUAAUAAUGGUAUUAUUAAAUAAGUAGCAAUUGUAAUUGCAUUGAAACUAGCAUAAACAAUAAAAAAAAAACUGAGUAAAUUCCGAAGUGGGGCGAAAGUCUGAAAUAUUGUGCUGUUUGCUGAACACGUCGUUGAUGCCAGUAUUGAAUUUUUGAAAAUACAAAUUAUUCGAAACAUUAUUUAUAAUAAAGAAUUUGCUGCCAAAUGCUGAAUAUAGUAUGGCAACCUUAACGAAACACUAAUGCAACCAAACAAUAACUCAUGAUAUUACGCUAAAAUUCAGUAGCUGUUUGUAAUUUUGUAAUUUUUUUGUUCGCUUUUUGCACAUUAAAUCCAUUUGAAAAAUA